AUGCCGGAGAAGAGAAAGAGUGCUCGCAUCUCUGCCAUCGAGGCCGCCCCAGACAAGAAGAAAGUCAAGUACAAUGAUGACUACGACUCCGAUGACGACGACUAUGAUGAGCUAGUCCCGUAUUCUGAGCCUGAACCCGAGAUCGAUCCAGAAGAGCUCGCUCGUCAAGCUGAAGAGGCUCAGCGUCAGGCCAGAGAAGCUGAGCGUCUAGCUGCCAUCGCCGCGAAGAAGGCUCAGGUCGCUCGUAACAAGAUCCGUGCUCUUCUCACAAACCUACCUGACGACGAAGCCGGUCCCAUGGCCACCCUUCUCGAUGAGGCUGAAGCAUGGGAGAAGCCUGGUGCUCGAUACUCAUGGUCGAAGCUGCCACAAGAAAUCAAGGACCGCAUCUACGAGUUCACGUUCAUCUCAGAGGACAUCGUGGUGCCAUAUGUCACCAAUCCCCGAGUCAAGGACGCGCGGAAGGUCCGCACCUUCAAACUCGGUGCCAACUUCAUGCGUUGCAGCAAGGAGAUUCACGAAGCCGGCAAAGCUAUGCUGCUCGGUCUCAACAUGUUUGAGAACGAUACGGGUUUCAAGGACGGCCUCAUACUGGAUAAAUACCCUCAAAACUACCUGAUGAUUCGAAAAGUCGUGAUCGAUUGCCGGUACGUGGGACAAGCUAUUGCAAGAAACCUGAACCGGUUGACGCAGCUCUCGAUGCUCGUCCUGAUCAAGUCUCCCUUCGGCUAUUUCAUCCCUGAUGUCGCGCGCAAAGCCCACGAAAUGGCUAGGUCCUUCGGUAGAAUCGACGAUCGUGUCUUCCGUGCAAUCCGGUACCGCGAUAUCCCAAAAGUCUACUUCAUCUACCAGACAGGAUCUUUUAAGGCAACCCACAAGACCAGUGGUGAGACUCACGAGCAUCGGAAAGCCGUGCGGUUCCGAGUCGAGAAAUGGAAUCCCGAUGAGAAAGUCGACCCGGGCGCGACAUGGGUCGUCGAAGGCAUGAAGCUUACGGUGGAUGCAAAGAAGACAUGGCCUGGUCUGUUCGACAAGUAUGUACUGAUGCCAUAA